AUGCAGCGAAACCAGCGAAAUACGCAAGAUGAAUUUGACGAGGAAUUUGACAUCCCUCUACACCGCAAACGUCCUUUCGGCGCAGGAAUUAAACGCAAGCAGAUCGAGUUCGUGCGAGCUCGCGAUCCCGAUGCUGGUCUCUCGACCGCAACAACGUCAACAGCCACUCUUGUCGGUGAUUUGUAUACAACCAUUGUUCUAAAAUCUGAUACUGAGAACAAAGAUGCUAAAACAUCAGAGGAAGAGGCCAAAGAGGCUGCGCAAAUAUGUCCAGAUUGCGGACUAGAUGUUUCAUCUACAACACAGCCACAUGAAGCAGCUCUCGCUCAUCAAGUAUCAUUGCGACACACAAUGCCCCCAUCAGCGCUUGAUCGCUCGCGUAUGGGUGUACGAACGCUCACAUCCCAAGGCUGGGACAUGGAUGCACACGAAGGCCUGGGCAGAGAGCGCGAGGGUAUCCGACACCCUAUCAAAGUUAAAGAAAAGAACAACAAGCUCGGAAUCGGUGCCGCGACACCAAAAACCCAAGAGAAAAAGAAAGAGCACAUGCCUUACCCAAUCAACAAAAAGGAGUUGAAGAGGCACAGGGCCAAAGAGCGACAAAGACAUGAGCGACUACAGCACGAGAUUUAUGGGAGGGUCGACGUCGAAAGCUAUCUGAGAGGAGAUGGCAGUGAUGAAGUAUCACGUAAUAACAACAAAAAGAAGAUGGACCAGGACAAAUCGAAGGGAGACAGGAUACACUUUGCGAGGCACCUGUUAUGA